AUGGCACUGCUUCCUGGACCAGCCACUGGGGCGUACUCGGGCCUGGUCCUCCAGGUAGACUCGCAGUGCUCGCCAGAGACCUCGACCCACCUUGUUACACAGCAAGACAUGUCGGCAGAGCUGACGUCCUCCUGCCCAUGCUCGCCGCUCUCGCCGCUCUCGCCGCUCUCGCCGCUCUCGCCGCCCUCCAGUGCCAACCUCCCUCCACCUGCCGCUGCGAGCCAGCCCCCCCCCACCCAAACCCAGACCAACGCUGAGCCAAGGAGCUCGGCAAGCCAUGACGACUCGUCCGACACCGGAUCGAUCACCUCGUCAGCACUCUCGCCACGGUCUGCCUCGGACCACGUCGAUGAUGAGCCGGCAUCACCGUCGCCGCUCUCGACGACUUCCAGCGCAUCGUCCGACUCGGCAUCGUCGAUCUCGUCGAGUACACAGCGCAAGACGCUGUCGUCGUCGUCGUCGUCCACCUCGUCGGCAGCGAGCGCCGAGGCCUACGAGGGUGCCGUUCUGCUACAGGCGCGGGUCGUUGAAGCGCCGGACGGUCUCGAGAUCGGAAUGCGGGCAUCGGUGCUCCCGCCGGUGACCAGCGCGGCGACGGCCACACCUGCACCUCCGAUCCGGUACUACGUCUUUUCGUCGCUCCUGCCCUGCGCCACGCCGCCGAGUGCGCCGCUCCUACUUCCGCUUCCACUGCCGCGCGAGCUCGACGUCGAAAUUAUGGUCGGCGCAGAGCCUGCGUCGGUCACGGCCGUCCCCCUGGCUCCGGCCGAGGAGCCCGAGGAGAGCUCGCCGCCGUUUGCUGGCGCCAUGCACUGGCUGGUCAUUGGCGGGCCCAUCCGAAUUGUGGUUGCGCUCGCAAUGACUACGCUCCCGCUCGGGAUGACCGGCGUCGACACCGAGAUGAUGCCGCAUCUCUCCCACGUCGGGCUCGAUGCCACGCCAGUCACCGCGCUCGCAGCCGAGUUUUCGCGAACGCUCCCGCUCGGCCCGCCGCCGUAUGUGCUGGAGCGAAGCGUGCCGUCAGUGCCGCUGACGCCGGUACUUCGGCAGACCUCGCCCAUCAUCGAGCCAUCUUCCGACUUUUACCUCCUCUCGUCGCUCUCGUCCGAGCUUGCACAUUCGAGCUCGGUGACGGCACAGGACGUGAUCCGGACCUGUGCGUCAGCGUACAUUGAGUCGCCAGACGACGAAACAAUGUGGUAUGCGCGGUACUUUGCGCAUCUCGCACACGACGCGUUUGUCGGCUCGGAAGCGACGCUCUCGUCGGCGGCGUCCGAAUCGCCGUUUGUCAUCACUGUCCUCGGCCUCGAGUACGACGCUUGCCCACCGCCGGCCUCACCGAUAGCGAGUGGCGGCGGCGGCUCUGCCCUCUCUUCCGGCAUCGAAGCCGAGUACUAUGUCAUUGUGUGGCGAGUGAGCUCCAUCUCUUACCAUGCCGUGAGUGUGAGCGUCGGCGACGCCCCGCCGACAGUCUUUGACCUGCUCGACGCCAUCCCCGCCGACGCGCGACCGGUCAUCAAGCGCAAGACCCGGUCGCUGACACGAGUUACACCCGAUGCAUCCUUCCGCGCUACACUCACCAAGCUCGAGGCGUUCUCGGGCACGCUCGGCGGCAUCAAGCUUGGGCUGCUGUAUGCGCAGGCCGGCCAGACCAACGAGGAUGAGUACUACUCCAAUCGCGAGCCGUCGGCCGCCUUUGAGGCCUUUCUCAACCUUCUCGGCCCGCGGGUCCGGCUCAAAGGCUAUCCGGGCUUUUCGGCGCAGCUAGACACGCGGCACGACGACUCGGGCGAGUACACCCGGGUCCGGCGGUACAUGGGCCACGACGUGGUCUUCCACGUCUCGACCGAGCUGCAGUACGACGAGACCGACGACCAACGGAUUCAGCGCAAGCGGUUCAUUGGCAACGACAUCGUCGUCAUCGUCUUUCUCGAGGGCGACGCGCCGUUUCGGCUGGCGUCGUACACCUCGCAGUACACCAACGUGGUCCUGGUCGUCCGCGCCUCAGAUGCACACCCGGACCACUACGCGCUGUCGGUGGCGGUCAAAAAGGGCGUGCGUGCCUUUGGCCCGCCCUCGCCGCACCUGAUUCCGCGUAACGAGUACUUUGCCCACCACCUCCUUGCGCUCGCCAUCAACGGCGAGAAGGCUGUCUACGCCUCGACCGAGUUUGAACUCCGCGCGUCGCGGACGCGGUCGCAGUAUCUCCACUCGCUCGUCCACGACGAGCCGCCGCCAUCGCCGUCGGCGGGCAACGUGCUCGCUGCUAGCGAGCCGGGCGCGCUGGCCGCCACCCGCCACGUUGCUGAGGCGCUGCUGGUCGGCCGUGUGGUGACGCCGCGGGUCCUCGCCACCCGUAUCCGCCUCAACGACGUGCCAGCCGACGUCGCCACCGUUGUCUCGCUGCCGGGCUCGGACGCGUGCGUCUUUGCCACCGCCGCUGCUCUCUUCUUCAACUCGGGCCAGGACUCGGCGUGCCUCCGGCUUGCACCGCUCCCGCGCAUUGACCUGCUACUUGUCCUGGUGCCGCCGGCCUCGCCCAACUCGGUCAUUCUCAUCGCCGGUCGCGGCAAGACCGCGCUGUAUGGCAUGCAGCUCGGAAUCUCGCCGCCGCGUGCAGUUGGCGUCUUUGCCUUUCCGCUCUCAGCCAAAGUGGUGGCAGUGGCGGCGACCGAGGACUUUCUUGCCGUUGCCGACGCCCGCGGCUCGCUCGGCAUCUUCUCCGCCAUUCAGCUGGCGUCACUGCUCGAAGCAACGUCUGCACAGGCGCCGUCGUACACCGGCGGCGUCUUUACGCCGCCGCUCGCGCAUGCGCUUGUGCCACUCGCGCGGAUGGUGCUCCCGCAACCACCAUCGGCGCUGGCGCUGGCAUCGGCGUCCGACACCGAGCCAGUCGUCUUUGCGCUCGUGAGCGGCGAGCUCGUCCGAGUCACUGCACUCCUCCCUGUCGGCUCCCUCCCGCGCCUCGACACUUACCGGGCCGCGCGGAGCAAGCGCGCCGGGGCAUCCGUCGGCAAGCUGACGCACAUCCUGGCGCUGGGUGCCAAGGGAUGCGUGCUGGGUGGAUCACUCGGGGCGCUGGUCAUCGAGUGGGCCCUGUCACGAGGUGCCAAGCCGCGGCUCCGACUGGCGGUGCCGUGGCGACGAUCGCCGAUGGAAGCCUUGCACGUGCUUGCGGCGCCGUUCUCGGCCAAAGCCACUGCGUUUUUGCUCGCGCACUUUGCCACUGGGGUAGAGAUGUAUGCGCUGGCGUCGGGCGUCCUCGUCGACUCGCUGACAUACACGAGCCCGUGCACGACACGGCCGUUGCGACAGCAGCUCUCGCACUGCGCGCCGCUGGCGAUGCGGGCGGCCGAGUCGGCAGCAGCCGCGCCGUCCCUCAUUACGCUCCACUUGACCCACGCGGUCCAUCCAUCAGAGCUGUACGGGGCCGAGCCCGGGCAAGGCCAAGGAGCGCGUGUACACACGGCGACGUUUUCACAGUCGCUUAACAGCGUCCCGCAACGUACAGGUGAUCUGCGGCAUGCGGCGUCGAUGGCGCCGCGGACGCCGCCGCCGCUGGAGCGGUCCGGCUCGAUUCCACUCUUGGCCAAGUCGUCGACAGGCAUAUCUCUCAACGAGUCGAUGCCGUCGGGAGCCACCCUUGUCCCGCCGUCGCCCAAGACGCUCAAGCUGACGCCACGGCAUUUCGGCCGGCGCCGAGCCGACUCGUCGUCGCUGCCGCCGGCGCAAUCGACACCAGUGCUCUCACGGGCGGCCACGCCCGAGUCGUCGCUCGCCGGCAGCCAAGGGCGGAGCUCGCCGGCGCCGCCGCUCGCCGGCUCAGACAACAGCUGCAAGUUUCUGCGGUUCCUUGCCUUUCGGCUGCGAGGCGAUGCCGCGGUGGCUGGAACCAAGGCGGUUGUCCACGGGGUGGCGGCGUCUGCAACGCAGCUCUCGACCGUGCUCUCUGCUCAGGAGCUCUCGCCGCCGCUCGAGUGCGAGGUGGCGCGCGGUGCGACUCACAUGGAGGUGGUACUGUACAACAAGGGCAAGGCCAAGGCCAAGUCGCGAAAGCGCGGCUCGGUGCUCCUCAACCAAGUCGGCUCGCUCUGGCUCCCGCUCGACGAGCUAGCCAAUCCGCGGACGUCUGGAGCAUGGCACGACCUGCUCCCGCCGUCGUCCCAGGACGGCCUGGUCACCGGUGCCAUCCAGCUUGCUCUCUCGCUCCGGCGGCAGCGCAGGUCGGAGACCGACUGGAUCCUACAUGUGCGUGUGCUGCGGGCCCGCGGUCUUGCACCGCGGUCGUCGUCGGGCUCAGCCGAUCCGUACGUCAAGCUCGCGCUUGGCCGGACCUCGUUCAAAACGGCGGUGGUAGCCAAGUCGCUGGAUCCAAACUUUGACGAGGACUUUGAGUUUCCGGUCCAGUCGCCAGAGACUUCCGCGCAGCGACUGGUGGUGCGAAUCAAGUCGCGUGAUCGGUUCUCCAAAACGAACAAGAUGCUUGGCGUGGUCUCGUUUCCAAUCCAUGCGCUGGCACAGUACCUUGCGCGCCACGCGGCCGAGAACCCGUUGCAGGCCGGUCGGCGCGCCGAGUGGACCGAGUGGCACGAUCUGUCGGCUCUGCAGGAGAGCGCUAACGGCGUGAGCGGGUCGGGCCCGAAUGGCGAUGCCGUGGUCGACACCACUGUUGCCGCCGGCAGCGUCGGAAAACUGUUUGUCGAGUCCCGGCUGGAGGCGGUUUACGUGGCUGACUCGCCGGCGGCGUAUGACUUUCUGCUGCGGACACUUGUCGACGCAAACUUGACACCGCUCAUCGCCAUGUUCUACGCGCUCAAGCCGGGCUCGCUUUGGCGCGACCUUGUGGCCGAGCUGGUGCUUGCGCUCUGUGACGUGCUCGAGAUGCGCUCGUGGAUGCAGACUACCCAGGCACGGGAGCAGGCGACCGAGUUUGGGCGUGCGCUGGCAGCCGCAUCGGACGCUGCCAUGGCGGCCGCGUCAGAGAACUUUGGCAUCCGGGUCUUGCCACCGCUCUCAGUGACCCUGGCGCGGAUUGCGACGCUGUUGCACACGCACUGGGCAGCAUUGACGACCGCGUCGUUUGCAGACCUGCCCGAACUUCGGGCGGCAGUCGAUCGUGCCCUCGCGCUCGCUGGCGCGCUGCCUGAAGGCGGAGGGCCUGCUGCCUUCGGUGAAGCAACGGCGGCGGCGCCGGAGCUUGCGGUCCGGAGCUGCGCGCUGUUUGCGGCCGGAUCUGCCGCGUGGGCCGAGGCUUUUCCGGACUUUGGCACGCCUGGCCUCAUUGUGCGGUCGGAGCUUGUCUUUAACGCCGCCAACGUGGCACUUCUCGCUGAAGCGCCACACCCAGACGAGAUUGGGGGCUCGAUGGUGCGGCCCGGCCUCCGUGGCCUUGCCUUUGUGCCGGAAGAGAUCCACUCGCCGCUGCGGCGGGUGGUUUCGCACGUCUCGACGCUCUCGCUUAGCGAGAUGGACAUCUCCGGCGACUCGAACGCAUUCAAGACCGAUGAUGACGCCGCCGAGGGUGCUCAGGCCGCAGUGGCCGGGCCGCUUGUCGCUCCUGAUGAUCUGAAGGCCGAGGCGGAAAGCUCGCAUUGUGUGAUCAGCGACGAGCCGAGCGUGGUCGAGGGCGGCUUCACUGACCUACAGUGUGCCACCGACGACUCGCUGCUCGACUCGGACUCGGACGCGACUAUCGGGGCGACGGCGCUCGAGGCAGCGCUGGCUAUGGCGCAGGCCGCAGUCGAGAGCGAGGCAGGCGUGAGCGAGCCGGAUGAGAGCGAGCCACACGCAUGUGUGUUUGACGAUGAAGGCACUGACAACGACGGCGACGACGACCAGCCCACUACCUUGGCCCUACCGGUUGUUAUUAUGCAUCCGGCCGACAUGGAUGACGACGACGAGUCGAGCUUUGUGUCUCUUGUGGACACCGCCGACGAGUCUCAUGUCGAGAUGCGGUCGCUGAUGGCGCCAGUGGACGACGUGAUGUGGGGCAAAGUCUUCUCGUCGGGUUCCAAUGCGUCUGUGGAGAGUGGAGACGAGGAGCUGACGCGGAUGCUGACGAUGGUGGCGUCAAGCGAGGACUUGCCUCACGGGACGACGACGUCGUCAUCGGUACUCUCUGACGAGAUAGAGAGCACAAAGUACAACGCAUCAGACUCGUCGAUGUCGUCCGAGGGGCCUGCUGUGGUCCCACACGCGCUGCACGAGCCUCUGACACGGUCGGUGGAGGACGAGCUUGCGCGUGCAGCACUGAGCGAACGCGAUCUUGCGGUGAUGAAUGUGCUUGCUGCGGCGUCGGACGCAGUGGUGGCACUCGGUGGGGCGCGCGCGGUACCUCAGGCAGGGAUGACGGCGCUUCGCAAGCGGCUGGGUGCCGCAGUGCUCGAGCUCGACGCGCUGCUGGAGGCCGACGAGGCGCUAGCGGUGCUGGCCGCGGUGCAGCGUGUGGCAAGCGUGCUCGCGGCGCCCCACGUGAGUGACUGGAUUCCCGUCCAAGACUCGUGCGGUGCGCUGGUCCGGGCCUGCAUCGAGGUCGCCGAGGCCGCGAUUGUGGUGGCCGACAUGGGCGCGACGUUGCGGCGGAUUGUGGCGCGGCUCAAAGCGGCGGCGUUCAAGGCCGCCGCCGAGCGGGCGGCAGCCAUAGCCGCCGACGAACUCGCGGCGCUCGACGAGAUGGUCGCCGCUGAGCUGCGCAUGCUCGAGGCUGACGCGCUUGGCAUGAUAGAUGAUGGAUGAGCAGUUGAAAUAGAAACAAGCCAAGGCCA